GCUCUGUUCAGACACUCAGACACAAUCUCACCCUUUGCUGAGCUUCGCUGAUCGGAUAUUUAACUGCCACCCAACGGCGUCACCACCACCCCACCACCAGCUCCAACCCGCUGCUAUGUGUAAAGGACUAGCAUCGCUGCCUACCUGCUGCUUGGAAAGGGCCAAAGUGCUCAAAGCAAGGCUGGGAAGUAUUUUGCAAAAACCCAACUGGAAUCUAUCCAGCUGCAAAAUAGGGCAAAAUAAGCCAACCCUGGAGGAAUGCCUCAGGUGGAAACAGUCCUUUGAAAAACUCCUGUCCAGCAAAUGUGGACUGUGUGCCUUCACAGCCUUCCUGGUAUCUGAGUUCAGUGAGGAGAACAUUGCGUUCUACUUUGCCUGUGAGGAUUACAGAAACACCAAAUCUCCUACCAAACUAACAGCCAAAGCCCAGAAAAUCUAUGAUGAGUUCAUCAGCAGUGAUGCUCCCCGUGAGAUUAACAUCGACCAUGAAACUCGUGACAUUACCAAAGCCAACAUGGUGGCGCUGUCACCAUCUUGCUUCGAUCUGGCCCAACACAGGAUCUACAUGCUCAUGGCCAAAGACUGCUACCCUCGGUUCCUCCGCUCUGCAGCCUACAGGGACCUGGUAUGCCAAGCCAAACCAAGCGCCAAGGCCACCAAGCAGACCCAGCAGGAGAAGAAGGCGUGAACUCUCCAUGAGCUGAUGGAGAAUUGUUAGUGGUUGCCUUAAGGGUUGAGACAGCAAGAGAGGCAUGGCGUAGGUGCUGCAUCAUGAAGCUGGACGCGGCUGCAGACACAGAGAACGUCAUGAGAGCAGUGUUGGAUGGAUGCAUCCUGCAGACGACGUCUUUUCUAAGAUGAGAAAAGACUGAAAAGACUGAAAACAGAAAAGCUGGAUGAAGGAAAGGUUUAUGCCUUAAAUGUGCAUAUACAAAAGAAUGUUGGACAGUAAAGUCAUGUGAAAGUGUAACACACUGAGUGACAAUCAAACUGGAGCACAGGAGAAGAUUUUCUUUGCCAUUAGGCAAACUUUUAUGGUUGUGAUGUGUCAUGUACCUUUGUUGAAGUCUUACACUGUGAACUGGCAUGUAGGGUACUUUUGUAUUUAUUUUUAUUUAUUUGUAUUGUAAUAUAUUUAUUGCACUUUUUACCAAGCAAAGAUGAAAUGUGCAAUUUAAUUUAUAAUAUUCAAAUAUUUAUAUCACUGUUGUGUUUUUUUACA